AGAAACAAGCGAGACAGACCUGCAAUUGGAUCCUACACAAGUCAAUCCCACAUGUGGGUGGGCGGUGGACUCAGAGCUGCACACCCAGUAAAGUUUGUGCAACAAAAGGUUGCGGGAAAGUUGCGCACGAACACGAUUCACACUUACACCUGAAAUCUGCAUGCGCUAAAAGCGCCAAAGCAAGCUGCGUUUAAGACCCGAUUGAGCUCAGUUUCAUUCAAGCCACAAUGAAGUCAUACUUGUGGAUUUUCGUCCUUGGAAGUUUAAUCGUGACUGGAGUGAAGAUGCAAGACGAUGGAGUGGAAGGUGCAGAGAAUGCCGAUUCUCCGGCAGAUGACCUCGCGCCAGAGGACUCAACCAUUCCUGAUGAAGCUGCAGACGCUGAAGAACCAGCUGAAGAACCAGCACCUGAAGAUCCAGCGGAGGAGGCCGUGGAUGAGGCAGCAGCUCCUGCAGAGCCUGAAGACACAAACCCUGAGACAGACGCUGCGACAAAAGAUCAGCCCGCGACAGAAGAUGCUGAAGAAACAGCAGCAGCUCCAUCAGCUGAAGAGGAACCUGCUGGAGAAGAAGCAGAAGCAGUGUUUGUUCACUGUGGUUCUAGAUGAAGCCGAUGCAACUAAAAUAGAAGCCGAGUCACCUGUCGGAGAUCCUGAACCAGAAAUCACGCCUGAAGAAGCUCCAGAUGAUGCAGAAGAAGAACCAGCACAAGAGGAAGCAGAAGGAGGGGAAGCAGAUGCAGACGCAGAUACUGAAGCAGACUCGACCACUGUACCAGAGGAACCUGUUGAACCCGCUGUCGCUGUGGAAGAUAAUUCUGCAGGAUUCGAUCUUUCUGAUGCGCUCGAAAAGGAACUACAACCAGAGGAUCCAGUAAAGACUGAAUUGGGAGAUGCAGACCAGCACAGCUCAGGUCAAGGCAGAGCUCGCAGCGCUGGAGCAGUUUCUGAGCCAAACGACAGCGGAUCUGGUACGGUUGUUGGUGUUGUUUGUGGGAUUGCAGUAGCAGCUGUUGGUGCCAUAAUCGGAUACUUCACCUAUCAGAAGAAGAAACUGUGCUUCAAGGUUCAGAGAGGUGACCCAGAGAGCGCCAAAGAAGAGAACGGCACGCAGAGCCAUGAGGUUUUAAGCACCCUCCUGAAGUCAUCUGAACACGCCUCUGCAGCCGGCAAUGAACUGGCAUGAAGCUACUGAGAACUGCUUGGCAUUGGAGAAGGACGUUGUAACUACUCACCUCUUGAGAACCGGGAUGAACUUCACAAACACAUUCACAGUACAGAAAGUCAGCACAAAUAUUAUUUCUACACUCACUUUGAGUUCCUGACGCACAUUAAGGCCUUUUUCAUAACAUCUCAUCUUCCUACCGCUUCGACUACAGUUCUAAACUAGCACAUAGGACUGUUAAUAACAAAUGUUUUGAAUGUAAUUUCACAUCGUUUGAGUGGGACGGGAUGUGUGCGUGUAUGCACGUGUAAUUCGACAGCCUUUCGGGAGAGGCAUUUCAU